AAGGAAUUCGGAAAGAAACAUAUCGUGAGAAGACAAGAGAGAAAACCUCAACAACUGCAAGAAAUGGCGUCUUCUUCUGCAUCAUCUGACUUUCCUGUCGCAAUGGGGCAGCAUCUACUCUGCUCCAUCUGCCUGGAUGUGUUCACCGAGCCUGUCACUACACCUUGUGGCCACUCAUUUUGCAAGUCCUGCCUGCAACGCAACCUGGACCUCAAUCUUGCGAUGUGCCCACUGUGCAAGCAGCAUCUUAGUAAAGCUCCGGAAGUGAAUAUUGUCCUGAGGGACCUCAUCCAGCAGGUGGAAACAACCAAGGAGAGCUUCUACACCGGGGCGCCCGGCGAGGUGGCCUGUGACGCUUGCCAUGGGAAAAAGCUCAGAGCUCAGAAGUCCUGCCUUGUGUGCCCUGCUUCAUAUUGUUUCAUCCACCUGGAGCCCCAUUUUACAUCCACAGUGCAGAGGGGCCACAAGUUGGUGGAUCCUGUGGGGAACUUGCAUGACAGGGCCUGUCCUACUCAUGGGCGCCCCCUAGAGCUGUACUGCAGGAAACUGCAACGAUGCAUCUGCGUGCUCUGUGUGGAAGCAGGCCAGGACGUUGUCACUGUGGAGGCAGAGUGGACUAUGAAGAAGGCUCAGCUCAACAACACCAAGACAGAGUUGGAGCAGAAAAUAUGGGAAAGAGAGACGAAGGUGGAGGAGAUCCGCAAAUCUCUGGAGUUUUUCAUGGAAAGACUGGACAAUGAGUGGUGGGAGGUCGAUAAUGUGUUCACAGCUUUGUUAGUGAUUGUCGAGGAAUUUCAGAAGAAAGUUCUCCAGCCGCUGCAGGAAAGGAGAGACGUCGUGGAGACGAAGGCGAACAAAAUCACAGAGCAGGUGACAGCGGAGCUCAGCGAGCUCACAAAGACCGUCUCCAAGCUGGACGCCAUAUCAGCUGUGGACGAUCAUGUCGUUUUUCUGCAGAAUUACCCAUGCAUUUCAAAUAUGAGUGAUGGCAGAGACUGGACCCAGGAAACUCUUGAUACAUCAUUUUCCUUUGGCACCAUGAGAGAAAACAUAACAACCAUGAUGGAAAAAAUUCAGCAGGAGUUGGAGAAGCUGACCUCUGUUGAACUGAAGAGGGUUACCAAGUAUGCAGUGGAUGUAAAGCUGGACCCAACCACCGCACACACACGUUUUAUUGUAUCUGACGAUGGGAAGGAAGUGAAAGAUGGAGAAAAGGUCCAGAAAGUUCCCGAUGGUCCGGAGAGAUUCGACCUCUUCGGCAGCGUCCUGGGCCUCAACAGGUUGACCUCUGGGAAAUCAUACUGGGAGGUGGAAGUGGGUAAAAAGACAGGAUGGGAGCUGGGUGUUGCAAGAGGCGAUGCAAAUCGAAAGGGGGAAGUGUUGCUGAAUCCAGAUGACGGUUACUGGGUGGCUGUACAUUAUGAUGACAGUCAGUAUGCAGCAAUGACCGUUCCUCCGAUUAACCUUUCCCUGAAAAAGAAACCCAAGAAGGUGGGAGUGUUUGUGGAUUACGAGGAAGGCCUUGUGUCCUUCUAUGACGUGAAGGCUGGCUCUCACAUCUUCUCUUUCACCGGGUGUUCGUUCAAAGGCGAGCUCCGUCCAUACCUCAGCCCGCAUCUUAGACAGAAAAAGAGAAACUCUGAACCUCUGAUCAUCUCUUUAAACAGAGAGAGGAAACAGGAGACAGAUCGCACAGAGGAGCCACGGGACACUGACUUUAAGACGUUUGAAACCUCAGCUGACAUGAGCCUCCAGCAAUGCCACUGUGGCUGGUCCAAGGUGACGAGCUACCAGGGCCUGAGAACCCACCAGGGGAAGAAGGGAUGCACACCGCAGGGGAUGAGGAUCCCACAGAGCGACCAGUACCUCUUCGGAAAUCAAGGACUUAAGCCCAAACUAUCGGACCCAUGGUUGGAUAUGUACACCCCGAUCAAAGACAAUGCAGUGGACUUCUCAUAUGACAGCCUUCAGGUUUGUCACUGUGGCUGGUCCAAGGUGACGAGCUAUCAGGGCCUGAGAAUCCACCAGGGGAAGAUGGGAUGCACGCCAAAGGGGGUAAGGAUCCCGGAGAGCGAACAGUACCACUGGGGGAACCAGUGGCAGAAGGUGCAGCAACGGGACGUUUUUCAGGACCUCAAAAGAGAGCUGAGCAUGCUACCAAGCAGCGACACCCGAACUACUCCUUCAGCUGCAGCGGCAUUAAAGAUCAAGUCAGCAUCAUCACCCAGGUUGAAUGAUAAUUCUUCAUGCGGCGCCCCCCGGAGGGCCACAGAGCUGGAGGCCGUGUGUCAGAGGCUUGACUUCUCCCAGGGUUUGCAGGCGGACCAGCUGGCUUGGAAACCACCAACGACUUCGUACCAGGAAACAAGAGUUCAACCACAAAAGGAGGACAAGGAAGAUCAAAAAUUCUCACAGGCAAGACAAGGGAAAAUCAAAGCUGAGUUACGGCAAAAAAUUCAGAUGAGAGAGCAGAAGGUGGACGAAAUAAGAGUGGCUGUGAAAGCCUGCAAGGGCAGCUUGGACCGUGAGUGGCUGGAGAUCAACGCUGUGUUUUCGGAGGUGAUGACGGCUGUGGAGGAGGCUCGAGAGAGGGCCCUUCAACCUCUGGAGGAGAGGAGACAAAGAGCAAAGAGAGAGGCAAAACACCUGAUCCAAGAGCUGCAGAAAGAGAUCAACAAACUGAAAAAUGCCAUCGCUGAGUUGGACAGAAACUCUGAUGUUCAGGGUUCUCUUUCUGUAACGGGCCUGGAUGACCUCAAAGACUGGAAAAAGCUAGGUGUGGAUACAUUCUUCUCCUUCGGUACCCUGAGAACUAUAACAUCAACCAUGAUGGAGCAAAUACAAGAAGAACUGGAGAAGCUCUCCUCUGUUGAACUCAAGAGGAUUCCCAAAUUUGCAGUGGAUGUAAAGCUGGACCCAAAAACUGCACACACAAAUCUCGUUCUGUCGGAUGAUGGGAAGGAAGUGAGAGACGGAGGCGAGAUCCAGAGAGUGCCCAACGCUCCAGAGAGAUUCGAGCUCUUCGGCAGCGUCCUGGGCCUCAACAGGUUGACCUCUGGGAAAUCGUACUGGGAGGUGGAAGUGGGUAAAAAGACAGGGUGGGAUCUGGGUGUUGCAAGAGGCGAUGCAAACCGCAAGGGGAAACUGUCGCUGAAUCCAGAUGACGGUUACUGGGUGGUUGUACAUUAUGAUGACAGUCAGUAUGCAGCCAUGACAGCCCAGCCAAUCCGUCUGUCUCUGAAAAAGAAACCCCAGAAAGUGGGCGUGUUUGUGGAUUACGAGGAAGGCCUUGUGUCCUUCUAUGACAUGACGGCUCGCUCUCACAUCUUCUCUUUCACCACGUGUUCGUUCAAAGGCGAGCUCCGUCCAUACUUCAGCCCGCAUCUUACACAGAAUCAGAGAAACUCUGAACCCCUGAUCAUCUCUGCUGUGAAACGCCGUUAAAAGUCGACUGUGUGAGCCAAACUGGUGUGAUGCACCUUUUGUUACCAAGCUGCCUUUUCCUAGCUCUUUUGACUAAUUUGGUGCGGCAAGCCAUAUUAGUAUUUAUUAAGUUUGACAAUCCUGUUAAUAAACAUUAACAUUAUAAUCAGAAAGCCAUUUGCCUAGUCAUAAUUACAUUGUAAAGAGUAAUGAUUAAAGGAAUAGUCCAACAUUUUGGGCAAAAUACCCUUUUUUCUGACUGAGACAAAAUGUUCAAUAUUAGUUUCAUGUCUGUAUAAACGUUUGUGUUAGCUUAGCUUAAUGACUUGAAGUCUAUAGGAGUGGUUAACUUGGCUCCGUCAGAGAAAAAAAUAAACCUCACAGCAGCUCUGAAGCACUUCAGCCACUUCUCCACUUCAACAUGGUGGCCUGUAGUGAAUGUGAUCUACGAAAUGAAGGCUUUUCUCCUGUUCCCCCCAAAGUGCAUCAGUUCAAAUGGCCAUUUCAACUAAAUGCCCGCAAUUUCGAUGUGUAGUGUGUUCAACUUACAUAUAUCCUGAAUGCUGUCUCAGUCUUUUGAACCUGUGCUGUAGUUUCCACUAUUUCAUUUCCGUUAUUUCGUUAUUUGUGUGUCUGUGGGUGUUUUGUCACAUAAAGGAGCGAGUUAAUGCAUAUAUAUUUACAAAGUAUAUUUUCUGAGUCCUAUUUUUUAUUUUUUUUUUUUUU